AUGUACGAAACACCUUCACUUCGUAUAGUCACACUGCUUGCCGAUGGUGGUGACUACACUGAUGCUUCACAUAACUCACUUACGGGGCUACCGAAUGGUAUUGGCUUUCUGGUGCGCGUAUCUGAGCUUUUACUCUCACAUAACCACAUAAAAGAACUGCCCUCCGACCUGGUGAAUAUGCGUUCGUUGCAAAAAUUGGAUCUGAAUCAUAACGACUUGAUAGCUUUGCCCGAGGAUAUGGGCAGUCUGCGCAAAUUGUUAUGUUUAUAUCUGCAGCACAAUGAUAUAACGCAAUUACCCACUUUCGAGGGUUGUCAGAAUUUGCAGGAAUUAUACGUUGCCAAUAACUUAGUUGGGAAAUUACCGGAGAGUUUUUGCUCAAACUUGCCACAUUUGAAAAUUCUCGAUUUGCGCGAUAACAAAAUUACGAAAAUUCCGGACGAAAUUUCGCUACUGAAAAAUCUCAUUCGGCUCGAUCUUACCAAUAAUUCCAUAAGCAGUCUGCCCCUGUCGUUGGGCUCAUUAGCGCAUUUGGUUAGCCUGCAAAUCGACGGUAAUCCCAUCAAGUCCAUCCGUCGUGACAUACUCCAGUGCGGUACAAAUCGUAUAUUGCGUACAUUGCGCGAACGUGCGCGUGCUUCNUUUAAAUUUUUUUUAUUAUUUACUUUUCAAAUCUUAAAUAGUGAUUGCGUGAAACUUCAAAAAUUAUUGAAGACAUCACCAAAAUGCCGGAAAUGA